CAAUUGGUUUCUAGCAUUGUUGCUCAAUCGUCACUAUGGUUAAGAUUACUGGCUUCACCACGCGGGACGUGAGGUUUCCGACCUCCCUCGACAAGACUGGCUCCGAUGCCAUGAACGCCGCUGGUGACUACUCCGCCGCCUACUGCAUCAUCAACACAGACUCUGACUUCAGCGGUCAUGGUAUGACCUUCACAAUUGGCCGUGGCAAUGAGAUCGUUUGCGCCGCCAUCUCCCUCGUUACCCCUCUCGUCAUCGGCAAAGACCUCGAUGAGCUGACCGCCGACUGGGGCAAGACUUGGCGCUACCUAGUCUCCGAUAGCCAGCUUCGCUGGAUCGGCCCUGAGAAGGGUGUUAUCCACCUUGCCCUCGGUGCCGUCGUCAAUGCCCUCUGGGAUCUCUGGGCUAAGACCCUCGGCAAGCCUGUCUGGCGUAUUGUUGCUGAUAUGACUCCUGAGGAGUUCGUUCGCUGCAUUGACUUCCGAUACAUCACUGAUGCUAUUACUCCUGAGGAGGCGCUGGCUAUGUUGAAGGAGGUUGAGGGUGGUAAGCAGGAGCGCAUUGCUGAGGCUGAGGCUAGCAAGGCUGUUCCGGCCUACACAACAAGUGCCGGAUGGUUAGGUUAUUCUGAGGAGAAGUUGAAGGUGUUGUUGAAGGAGAGUGUUGAGCAGGGAUACAAGCAUUUCAAGUUGAAGGUUGGUGGCAACCUGGAGGAUGAUAAGAGCCGGUUGAGAAUUGCCCGAGAGGCAAUUGGAUAUGAUAAGGGAAAUAUUCUUAUGGUUGAUGCUAACCAGGUCUGGUCUGUCCCGGAGGCUAUCACCUGGAUGCAAGAGCUUGCUGAGUUCAAGCCUUGGUUCAUUGAAGAGCCUACCUCCCCCGAUGAUAUCCUCGGCCACGCUGCUAUCAAGAAGGCGCUGGAGAACACCCCUCAUGGAACUGUCGGUGUUGCUACCGGUGAGAUGUGCCAGAACCGCGUUAUCUUCAAGCAGCUGCUGCAAGCUGGUGCCUUGACUGUUCUGCAGCCUGAUGCCUGCCGUGUUGGUGGUGUGAACGAGGUUCUUGCUAUUUUGCUGCUGGCUCGCAAGUUCGGUGUCCCCAUUGUGCCCCACUCUGGUGGUGUCGGUUUGCCCGAGUACACACAGCACCUGAGCACAAUCGACUAUGUUGUUGUUACCGGAAAGCGGAGUGUUCUGGAGUAUGUUGACCAUUUGCACGAGCACUUCGUCCACCCGUCCAGUGUUAAGGAUGGCUACUAUGUCACCCCUAUGGAGCCUGGUUACAGCGUGGAGAUGAAGGCCGACAGCAUGGACGAGUUCGAGUUCCCUGGUGUAGAAGGCAAGAGCUGGUGGCGCUCCGAGGAGGCCAAGGUCAUCCUGGAGGGUCCUCGGGUGGUAUAA